GAUAUGUUUAUGUUAUUUCUCAGCUGGUAGUUGUCAAAAUUUUCACAAACUAAACAAUACAAACCAAACAAAUUUUAGGAAGCCAUACAACUAUUAUAAUUAAUGAAAUUUUAUAAAUCGAUAUCAACCAAUAUAUUCACCAUAUCGUUACAAAACACUUUUAAAAAUGAAUUUAAUAACUUUUAGUACACUAUUAUUGAGUUUUACCACAGAAUAUUGUUUUUCUUCGACUCUGGAGUUGGGUGAGAACUUUUCUGAACUGAGAAAAGGUGGUGGAUACUGGUUGAUAAAAUUUUACGCCCCUUGGUGUGGAUAUUGUCGUCAAUUAUCUCCAUUGUGGGAUGAAAUAGGGGAAGCAUUAUCCAAGACGAAUAUCAACGUUGGACGUAUAGAUUGUAGUCAAAAUUCCAAAAUUGUAAAAGAGUUCGGGAUACAUGGUUUUCCAACUAUUAAAUUUAUAACAUCAGACAAUGAUUACACUUUUCAUGGCGAACGUAAUAAAGAUGAAAUCAUACAGUUCGCUACUAGAAUUUCCGGACCUCCUGUACAAAUAAUAAGUUCCGCAAAGUAUCUAUCUUAUGUUAAAAGCUUAAAUGAAAUCUGUUUUGUGUACGUGGGUGAUUUAAAAGGUGAUUUAUGGGAUAUAUUUUAUAACAUUUCGAGGAAACUUCAACCCUACGCUAAUUUUUACGCCAUAAACGAAAUUUUAACUAAAGAAGUAGAAACUAUCACAACUGUUCCUACAGUAUUCGUUUAUAAAGAAAACAGAGCGUUAUUCUUUUUGGGAGACCCAACCAAAUUCAAAGAUGUUACGAUUUUGAAUAGCUCUUUAAGUAAAUGGAUGAACGAAGAACGUUUCAAAACUUUCCAAAAAGUAACCUACGGGAAUCUACCUGAGCUGAUACAAUUGAAUAAAUACAUUUUGUUACUUGUUGUAGACGAAAAAAAUAUAAACGAAAAUAUGUCGAGGGUUAUUAGUAAAGUAGAAGAUCUAGCAAGGCAGAAAAAAGUGAAAUAUAAGAAUUUUGUAUUCGGGUGGAUAGGAACGCCGGAAUUAGGUAAUAGUAUAACGUCAAUGAAUUUACAGUUGCCUUAUCUUUUCGUAUUAAACUCCACCAAUUACGAAUAUCACAUACCAGAUGCUGAUUGUAUGGAAAUGACUAGCGAUGAUAUGGAAAUGUUUAUAGACGAAGUAAAUAAUCAACUUUUACCAUCUUACGGUGGAUAUGGCAUUGCUGCUUGUCUUUAUAGGGCUUAUUUUGAUACCAAAACUAGCGCAAUUGAACUGUGGCGUGAAAAACCGUUACUUUCAUCGAUAAUGCUGGCUGCUCCAUUAUUAUAUAUAAUAUUUAUUUGUUAUUCGCUUUGUUUUGCUUUAGUCGAUACUGAAGAAGGUGAAGAAGAAGAGGAAUUUGAUGGCGAAGAUGAAGAAUACGAAGAAGAAGUAGAAAAUGCUCAUCUUAAGAACGAUUAAUUAUGAAAAAAACAAUUUGGUUAAUGUAAUCAGUAUUUAUUUUAUUUCUAAAGUUAUAAUUUAUGUGUAAAUUGUAUAAAAUGUUGAGUGUUGUAAUAAAG